AUGUCCCGCACGCUGGUGCAGCCGGUGGGGCAGAAGCGGCUGACGAACGUGGCCGUGGUGCGGCUGCGGAAGGCCGGCCAGCGGUUCGAGAUCGCCUGCUUCCCCAACAAGGUGCUCUCCUGGCGCUCCCGCGUCGAGAAGGACCUCGACGAGGUGCUCCAGUCCCACACCGUCUACUCCAACGUCUCCAAGGGCGUCCUCGCCAAGUCCAAGGACCUCAUCAAGGCAUUCGGCACCGACGACCUCACCAACAUCUGCGUCGAGAUACUGGAGAAAGGGGAGCUCCAGGUUUCUGGCAAGGAGAGGGAAGCGCAGCUUUCCUCCCAGUUCCGGGAUAUCGCCACCAUUGUGAUGGAGAAAACUAUCAACCCCGAAACCCGGCGUCCCUACACCAUGACCAUGAUCGAGCGCCUCAUGCACGAGAUACACUUUGCGGUUGAUCCAAACCUUACCUCCAAGGAACAGGCUCUGAGAGUUAUUAAGAAGCUCAUUGAGCACUUCCCCAUAAAGCGUGCACCAUUGACAGUUCGGUUCACUGCACCGAAGUCCAAACUUGGAGGUCUUAUGGAGAAGCUUGAAGAAUGGAGUGCUAUUGUUCUUUCGAAGGAUGAAUCUGGCAAUCAGUCUUCCCUUGUAUGCGAGAUCGAGCCAUCUAUCCUGCAUUCCUGUGAAGAGAGAUUGAAGGAUGUGCAAGGGAGGGUGGAAGUGCUCUCAGUGUCGGCACACGCAGAAGGUGGCUCUUCUACAGACCAAUAUGACAACGUUGAGGACAAUGUGGAGAAGUCGCACUCCGUGCCUGCAAAGGAGACUGGUGCUGUUGCUCAGCUAAGUGAGACCAUGCAGAAACAGAGCCUUUCGAGUGAGGUGGAAGGUCAGGGCCAGCGACAAGGCAAGCAGCAGAAGAGAUGCAAAGAAUGUGACGUGCUUCUGGAAGACAAAUUGUACAGAGACCAUUGCAAAUCUGGGUGGCACAAGCACAACUACACACGCCACAAGAAUGGGCUCCCUCCUCUCAGUCAAGAGGAGUGUCUGAUGGAAAUGGAAUUGGCCGAGUCCAAGAGGGAUCUCAAGGACUAUGAUUUCUGAGGACAUUAAGUUCAUUUGCUAGAUGCUGUAUUGUGAAGAGGGGAACAAGGUUUGAGAUACGCUGGCAAGUUGUUGAAAUGUAAUGGUCUCACUGUCUAAAUGCAAGGUAGUAGAACCUGGCUGCUGUAUAGUUGGCCGAGUAAACUUGCGGGAGUUGUGAUCUCUGUUUGCAUGUUCUGUAAGCUGCGAUACACCGUCGGAUACUGGCUUCUUAUUAUGUCGCUGAAGAAACUUAGUGCAACAUACAAUUUUGCAACUUAUGUUAUGCCUUUGGUACUGAUUAA